AUGGCCUCAGACGCAUCCGCCCUCAAGCCUAUUCACAGUCUUGUACUCGACACAGGCCCUCUCAUCAAGAACGACCCUCCCGCAAACACCCUCCGCGCCAAAGCCGAACACCUCUACACCCUUCCCGUCAUCAUUUCCGAAAUCCGAGAUGCCGCCACUCGAUCGAGAGUAGAGACGACUCUUCUCCCCUUUGUUACCCUUCGAUCGCCCACCCCUGCAAGUGUCAAGGUCAUUCGGGAUUUUGCGCGCAGAACUGGUGAUCUCGCAGUUCUCAGCAAGCCCGAUAUUGAAGUUUUGGCUUUGGGGUAUGAGCUUGAGUGCGAGAGAAAUGGAGGAGAUUGGAGAUUGAGGAAUACUCCUGGUCAAAAGGAGAGCGCUACCGAUAAGUUGACCAUUGAGUCUACUGCAGAGACUGCCGGGGAGCCUACCGCCGAGUCUGAGCCUGUCGCAGAAUCUGGAACCGAAAAGACAGAGACCAAGGAUACAGAGGCGACCGCAGAGACUACACAAACUGGAGAGACAACAGAGGCUACACAGGCAGCGGAGACUACACAGACCACAGAGACAGCGGCCCCCAAGGAACCCACCACAGAGUCCACAGAGACGGCAGAGCCCGUCAAAGAGUCCGCAGACACCGAGUCACCCCAAGUUUCCGGCGAAAAGGUCGACGAGACCAUCGAAGCCGUCGAGGAAGCCUCUGAAGGCGAAGUCUCAGACGCCUCCGACGACGAGGGCGGCUGGAUCACCCCCUCCAACCUGAAGAAACACCAAGCAGCAACCCCCGGCGCUACUGGUCCUUCAGCCCCCGUCCAAAAAACCCUACAAGCCGCAGUCCUCACCUCCGAUUACGCCAUGCAAAACGUCGCUCUGCGAAUGAACCUAAACCUCGUCGCUCCCUCGCUCGCACGAAUCACACACCUCAAGAACUGGGUUCUACGCUGCCACGGCUGCUUCAAGAUCACAAAGGAGAUGGACAAGCAGUUCUGCCCUACGUGUGGACAGCCUACGCUUAUGCGAACGAGUUGCUCAACAGACGAGUACGGAAACUUCAAGGUCCAUCUGAAGAAGAACUUCCAGUGGAACAACCGCGGAAACGUCUACAGUGUUCCCAAGCCAGUCCACGGAUCCUCCAACGGACGUCUCGCCAAGAAUGCAGGUGGACAAAACAACUGGGGCACGAAUCUCAUUUUCGCAGAGGAUCAGAAGGAAUUCACAAGGGCAGCGACGGAGCAACAAAGACAGAGAAAGAAGGAUAUCAUGGAUCAAGAUUAUCUUCCUGAUAUACUAACAGGGCAUCGAUCUGGCGGUGGCGGCGGAAAGAUUCGCGUGGGCGCAGGACGAAAUGUAAACUCCAAAAAGAAGCACUAG